AUGUAUAGUGGUUUGACAUUCGCAGCGGUAGCAGCCUCGCAAUCGGCAACCCCUCUCUGCUUCUCCAAUCAUGCGUUCGUCCGCCAGCAGUUUCCUUCUCCGUCAAGCACUAGAAACGGCAAGAGCUCUACGAAGGGUUACAAUUGCGGCUCAAGGAACUCCGUAUCAGUAAAGGCCCUGAACAGCUCAUCCAGGUCAAGUAUUACGAAUAGACGGACUCUGAGCAGCAACUGGGAUACUGUGGAUUUCUCCUCUGGCGCCGCUACGGCUCCCCGGAUGCCGAGAUUCGAGGAACUUGAUACUACCAACAUGCUCCUCCGUCAGAGAAUCGUUUUUCUGGGCUCUGAGGUUGAUGACAUGUCAGCUGAUUUUAUUAUAAGCCAACUCUUAUUUCUUGAUGCUGAAGAUCCAACAAAAGACAUCAGGAUGUUUAUCAACUCACCUGGUGGUUCUGUCACUGCUGGAAUGGGAAUUUAUGAUGCAAUGAAGGUUUGCAAAGCUGAUGUUUCAACGAUAUGUAUUGGUCUCGCUGCAUCUAUGGGAGCAUUAGUUCUAGCUGGUGGCACCCAAGGCAAGAGGUUUUGCAUGCCGAACGGUAGAGUCAUGAUACAUCAACCACAUGGAACUGCUGGAGGCAAAGCAUCAGAGAUGAGCAUAAGGAUUAGAGAAAUGAAUUAUCAUAGGAUUAAAAUCAACAAGAUAUUGUCAAGAGCUACUGGGAAGGCAGUGGAGCAGAUUGAAGCGGACACUGAUCGAGAUAACUACAUGGAUGCUUGGGAAGCUAAAGCUUAUGGGUUAAUAGAUGGUGUAAUUGAUGAUGGCAAGCCAGGGCUGGUGGCUCCUAUUGCAGAUGCUUCCCCUCCGCCAAAGACUCGAAUAUGGGAAUAUUGGAAAAUUGAAGGGACUAAACAGGCCAAGAAGAGUUUGCCAUCAGAGCAUAGAAUGUUGCAGAAGGCAUAUAAUAAUGGCGCUAUGGGGGCCGAUGAGAAAGAGGGAAAGGAGAAGGAUGAGCCUGCUCCUUCAGAGUGA